AUGGGUACAGUGUCUAGCGACAUGGGCGACUACUGGAAAGCACUGCUAUUUUUCGAAAAAGCACAUAAAAUCUAUGAAAAUGCUCUACCAGCUAAUCAUUCAUCACUGGCUAUGUCCUACACUAACCUUGGCUCUGUGUAUCAUGACAUUGGUGAUUAUACAGCAAGUCUUAAAGCUCUUCAAACUGCUUUUCUCAUUCUUCAGAAAGCACUGAAAGAGGAUAAACUAGAUGCUAGUGUUACAUACAUAUGGCUUGGAAGAGUUUAUCGAAGUAUGAAAGACUACGCGAAGGCUCUGGAAUAUUUUGAAAAAUGCCUGGCAAUAUUUCAGAAAGUGUUGCAGGAAAAGCAUCCUCAUCUAGCUAUUUUAUACACUGCUAUAGGUGAUGUUCAUCGAUUAAUGGGUGAUUAUGAAAAGGCACUUUUAUUUCAUCGAAAAGCAUUAGAUAUUCAAGAAACAGGUCAAGGCAACCCUCUCAAAUGUGCCGCAACGUAUACAAAUAUAGGUGAAACCUAUCGAGAAAUGAAAAAUUAUUCAACAGCGUUGACAUAUUUUCAAAAAGCAUUACAAAUACGUGAAGACAAACUACCAAAAAACCAUCCUCAUUUAGCUGAGAUUUAUCACAAUUUGGCAAAAUUGUAUUUAGCUACGGAAGAAUAUAGCAUGGCAAUGAAAAAUAUUCAACAAGCAAUAGACAUUGGUCACAAGCAUCUGUCUUCAACUCAUCCUCAUCUUUUGAAUUACAAAAACACAUUUGAAGAAAUUCAAAAUAAAUUGUGA